CCCCGUCGCCUCUCACGUUGGCCCGUUGUCCCGUCUGGCCGGCUCACUUCUGUCCCUCUCUCCUCGCUUGUUUAUUCUGCUCUUUAUCCUGUGCUUGCCCCCCUCCCCCUUCUGCUUCCUAGGCCAUGUCCAUGUCGUCUGUUCUCAUCUGAAAAUGGCACGAGUGUCGACUGCUUCGCCUUUGCCGUAAAUUCUCUUUCUCGCCAUCCCGAAUCGAAGCUGUCCAACAGGGUUCUGAAGCUUUCCUGUCACCGCGGAUCCUGCCUGCCACAGCCAACCCGCCUCAAGCACGCCUCAAGCACCCAAGGUCGAUAA